AUGGACAGAACCACCACCGCUCCCGCAAAACAAUCCCUACCACGCCCGUCAUCCGUCGCGUCCACAAACACAACAUCCACCAACAAAACCCGGCAGUACGCCCAUCUACACGCGCAGUUGGCGCAGUUGAACGCGCAUCUCGCGGACACCGAGAACCUGUUGAGGAUGACAGCCGUACAAGCCCAAGACAUGCGAUUCUUGGGAGGCUACGUGGGGGCACUGUUCAUGGGCAGCGCCAAGGUUCUUGGGGAAGAGAGUGUGCAUGGGGCCAGAGAGAAACAACAGGGAGAUGGAUCGAAGAACUCCUGA